AUGAAGACUAUGAUUCUACUGCUUUAUCUUCUAGGAUCAACUCAGUCAUUACCAACACAGCUCAACCCUGCUUUGGGACUUCCAACAAAACUGGCUCUAGAUCAGGCAACUCUUCUAAACCAACAGCAGCUAAAUCAGGUCUUCCCCUCUUUAAGUCUAAUACCGCUGACACAGAUGAUCACACUGGGCGCAGAUCUGCAGCUGCUAAAUCCUCCUACAGGGCUGGCGCCUGGUACCCAGACCCUCCCACUGACCCUGGGGGGAUUGAAUACACAACAGCCACUGCAAGCCCAAAUGUUGCCAGUUAUUGUAGCACACCUUGGAGCCCAGGGUACCAUCCUAAGCUCAGAAGAAUUGCCAAUGGCCCCACAAAUCUUCACAGGCCUCAUUUUCCAGCCCCUGUUCCCAGGAUCCAUCCUGCCCAACAGUCAAGCUAAUCCAGAUGCCCAGAAUGGAAUCCUUCCUGCAGGGCAAGCAGGAAUGAAUCCUGCCAUCCAGGGAACCUCAGAAGGCUUCUCUCCAACUCCUAGUGACACAGAUGAUGACUUUGAAGUGACGGCCCCUGCAGGCAUCCGAAGGGGCAUGCACACUACCCAGGAAACCACCACAGGGCCGCCAAAUGUCCUUGUGAAGUGGGUUUAUAAUGGCUACCACCUGGCAGGUAAUAAUCCAGAAGAGAAACAAAUGAAUCAUCAUUUUCAUAUACAAAGCAAGCAGGUGUUACUUGGCAAGCUGCCAAGAACUGCUGUAUCUGUUGCACAUACUUCUGCUAUAAACUCCCAUGUUUGCAAAGGAUCAAUGCAAAUUUAUUCACAGUCAGUCCAGGAAGCUUUGGGAGAGGUUGUUUACUGUAGCCUGCCUGAAGCUGGGACCACACUGAACGAACAAGAUGAGUGUGGUGCAUUGGAAUGUGUGAAAGCUGCUAGUGAACUCUAUUCUCCUCCAUCAGGAGAAGUAACUGAAAUUAAUGAAGCUCUUGAGGAAAAUCCAGCACUUGUCAACAAAUUUUGCUAUCAAGAUGUCUGA